GGUAAACACAGCUGUCACAUCGGGCCGCUAUUCUCGACGGAUCAAUACUGUUAUCAGAGCGUAGGUGUUUAUGCGCGUAGUACACACACAGCCGCGCACCGAUGAGGUCGCUCGCGAUAACGUAAACGGGAAAUGUGAAUGAUGCCACUUCCCGAACUGUUGAAAAGGGCCUCGAGCUACUUCCUAGGACUGGAGUUCGAGGACUAUGAAGAACUGCCGGAUUAUGUCGACAAUGAAAUAUUAUUCUGCAAAAACAACGUGUGCGUACAUCCUCCAACAGUCGCGAGGCAUGAGCUCGAUGUGAUCCACCAUCCAGGCUAUCUAACUGUCACUACCAAGGUAUUUACAGAUCAACAUAACAAUUCCAAACGACCCACGCUAUUCUUAAAUUGGAUACCUAAUUCUACGCUCAAGAAAUGCCCUUCAGCCGUAGAAACAAGCCCGAGCGAUGAGUUGGGACUGCGUAAAACUACCAAAGAAACAAAGCCAAAUGACUCAAAUAAGAAGAUCGAUUCUAACAACGAAAACGCAUUUUCAGACUCGUCAGAAACAACUAGUAUUAAUUCUAACUCCGACAAACAUAGUAUUAAGUCUAACGAUACGCGAUACACGCAUAACGAACCUACGCAAGAAGAUUUGACAUCCAGCUCAAAACCUACGGUAAAGACCGUUGGUUCGGCCAAAGAUAGCGUUUUCGGGAGUUUUGAGAAAGAUGAAAACAAGGAAGAUGUGUUUAUGUUUGAUAAACACGUGAGGUCGCAGUCUAUGACGUCAGUCAACAUAACUAUUGCUAAUCCGACCGUCGAAAACAUCGAUUUGACUCCUGACUCGAUGUCUGGUGACAAGUUCAUAAGGUCUCUCUCCAUGAGCUCGUGUGAUGAAGGCAACCCCAAUUGGAUGAGCACUCCUGAGUUUCUGGCGCUGAAGCAUAACCUGGUGUUUCCUGAGAGUGUGCAGAGCUCACCGGUACCACAGAGACGCGCGCCGAUUAAAUGUCGAAGGUUCUCAGUGGAUCUGAGCCAGAUGCGAUCCCUGCGACUGUUCUUCAACGACGACAACUGCACAUGCGGGCAGCUGGUGGUCGCGUCCCGCGAGUCGCAGUACAAGAUCCUGCAUUUUCAUCAUGGCGGGCUGGAUCACCUGGCGCAGGUGCUGCACCGGUGGCAUUCGUUGUUGCACAACAUCAGGCGGGCGCCGGGAUCAGAAGAGCCUAAUUUACCGUAUCGACAUUUCAUGGUCUGCCGUCCCGAAGUACAAAAAUCAGAGCAGCAUCCCGAAGAAGGAAAGAUACCGAAAAUUACGCCGGAAAUAUUUUAUGGGAAAGUCAUGAAUGGCAAGGGAUUGAUAGAAGAUGACUUGUUCCUGAGAAAAGGCGUUUUCUUUGGAGGUUUAGAUAAGGAGUUACGAAGAGAGGUUUGGCCGUUUUUGCUUCACUGUUACCCGUAUAAUACUACUUAUGACGAACGGGAAAUUAUUCUUCAGUUAAGGACUAGAGAAUAUGAAGAAAUUACUCGGAAAAGGCUGGAGAAGAUGACCCCGGAGCAAUACGCACUGUUUUGGAAGAACGUGCAGUGCGUAAUUGAGAAAGACGUAGUGAGGACGGAUCGGGGGAAUCCAUUCUUUGCCGGCGAAAACAAUUAUAAUGUAGAGAUUAUGAAGAAUAUUUUGCUGAAUUAUGCUGUAUAUAAUCCUGUUUUAGGCUAUACGCAAGGCAUGAGUGACUUGUUGGCGCCCGUGCUCUGCGAAAUCAAUUGUGAAGCAGAAGCCUUCUGGUGUUUCGUGGGGCUGAUGCAGCGAGCCAUAUUUGUGUGCACACCUACAGACAAUGAUAUGGACAUUAAUCUUAGUUACCUACGUGAAUUAAUAAGGAUAAUGUUACCGCAUUUCUACAAGCACUUGGAAAAGCAUGUGGACGCCAUGGAGCUUCUCUUCUGCCACCGGUGGAUAUUAUUAUGUUUCAAGCGCGAAUUCACCGAAGCCGUAGCGCUUCGCAUGUGGGAGGCGUGCUGGGCGAACUAUCAGACGGACUACUUCCACCUGUUCCUCUGCCUGGCCAUUAUAGCAGUGUACGCCGAUGACGUCAUCGCGCAGGGCCUCAAUACUGAUGAGAUGCUGCUGCACUUCAGUUCGUUAGCAAUGUACAUGGACGGGCAACUGAUCCUCCGCAAAGCGCGCGGCCUUCUGCACCAGUUCCGGCAGCUGGUGCGCAUCCCCUGCUCGCUGGCGGGCCUGUGCCAGCGCUGCGGGCCCGGCAUCUGGGACUCGGCGCACCGGCCCAGCGUCGAGUGCAACGGCGCACACGACUUCUGCAAAUACGCUGUACAGUAACUCUCUUCAGGUGACUAACCGACACGCAAAUUAGUUCUACAAACACGUUCUUAAAUCUUAGGGAGCUUGCCGUCGGUAAUGUACCUGCCGUCUGCCACUUCUUGGGGUGAUAUUCCACCUGUCCAAUUUGUAUUUUGUCUCCUCACAUUUUGCUUUAUAAGUUAGUGAGACGCAAUGACAUUAGACAGAUGGAAUACCACCCUUAGGUAUGUCUGGGUUUUACGAGUUGAGCACAAUGGCGAACAUUUAUUUCUGCAAAUUCUAUGAGUACCAUUUAUUAGCGGUACAGUACCAUUUUACCAUCGUAAAAGGUACUUUAUGUUAUGUGUUUUAGUACUCUGUACAAAACUUUGUUCAUGGAGAGCACUAAUCUUACCUACUCUACUAUUUGUAAAGCCACAAUGCCCAUUUAAUAUUUAGCGAUUAAUGUAUAUUUUUUUAAUCGGUUGCAUAAUAAAAAUUACAAGACUGCUUGUAGAUUUAUAUUGAUUAUUGAGACAUGCACAUCACAAUCAUGCUGCUGUACGUAUUACUAAAGUAAAUAAUAAUAACAAGCCAUUACUUUACACUUAGUUUAGGUUAUGAGUGUGGCCCAUAAUUUCCAAGAAUAUUUUUUUCUUGGUGGCGAUUUUUCGUUCCCAUAUUUUUCCCGUGGAAUUUCUUCGCUUUAUUAUACCUAGCGAAAGAUUCUAAG